AUGUCUCAAACUCAAAAUCAAUCCGUGCCUGAAGCCCGCAUACUCAACCAGUCCAACACGGCUUUCCCACCACGACUCCCAUCCGGAUACGACCACCCAGCCAAGUUGACCCGCGAACAGGCCGGACACAUCCGCCACAUCCACAAUGUUGUCUCCCAAGUAGACGGAGAAUGGAGAUUCAUGGGCACGCAGGAGCCGGGCCAGGAGUGGCUGGACGCCUACCGCUACCAGCUUGCCACCAUGGCGUAUGCCGUUGCAGCGGCGCAGUAUCACCGCAUGCCGGCUGCUCGAUCUGCUUUUAAGCCGCUGAUGGGGAGGAUCAUCCACAAGAUGCUGAGGAGGGAGGUCUGGGGGUACUGGUUCUUGACGUCGCACAGCGGAAGCUUUGUUGAUCCCGACCUGAAGGAGCUGCGAAAGCCGUGGGCGGACCCAAUCUGCAAGGAGAAUAUCAUGUAUUCUGGACACUUAAUUCUCAUGACGGCGCUGUAUGCCAUGCUGUUUGACGACGACAGGUAUGAACAGAAUGACAGCAUGGUCUUCAACUGGAACCCCGUGUACUGGGGAUUCGGCCCAGAGAGAUACAGCUACAACCGCGCCACUCUGCAGGAAGCAAUUCUCAAGGAGAUGGAGUCCAACGGAUGGAUCGGUGUCUGCUGCGAGCCAAACAUGGUGUUUAUUGCCUGCAACCAGUUUCCUCUGACCGCCAUGCGAAUCAACGACGUCCGCAACGGUGGAAACGUUGCAGAUGAAGUGCUGGCCAAGUACAAAGCUGCGUGGCAGAAGAAGGGAAUGAUGGGCAAAGAUGGCCUGCUGCGAGAUGCCUACCGAGUCAAGCAAGACUCCCCCGUCGAUGCCUUUGAUAUUGGCUUCCCGGCUUGGGCUGCCGCUCACAUGGCCUGGAACGUCGAGCAGAUGGAGGAUCUGUACCCAAAGAUGGCGCAUGGAUAUCUGACCAAGAUUGGAGACCGCGUCAACAUCAACCCAGAUCCCGUGGCGAGAGCAAUUCGUAAGUUGACAGCCAAUAAUCCCAGCUUAGAUACCGACGAGAUCCACGCCAAAGCUCGCGAGUUGGCUGCCAAAGCGUCUCCCCGGUAUCCCGCGUUCAUGCACCCCGUCUACGGCUGGGUCACUGAAUGGGCCGCUGAAGUUGGCCCAGCCGAGGACCUCCACGGCCUCCUGAAGCACGCGGACCAGUUCCUCGGCCCGCAAUGGGAAAACGGCGGCCUCUUCUACCCCCGCAACGAUACGCAGUACGACUCCAACGACAACCACGUCUACGUCGAGCCGUUCACGGGCAACGCGGGCAUUGCAUACGCCCGGCUGACGGUGAAGCGCGGCCAGGCGACGAUGUGGAACAAGCCGUGGACCAAGGAGCACGUGCGGACGAUGCCGUGGAUUGACGGCGUGAGUCUUGAUAGCGGCGUUGAUACGCUGGCGGGCAGCUGGGACGAGGAAAAGGGCGCCUUGUUCGCGUCGUUUCGGACGUGGCAUGGGAGGAGUGUUGGUGUUGGGCCGGUGUUUAAGCAGCUGCCGGUGGGGCGGUACGGGGUGUAUGUGAAUGGGAGUUUUAGGGAGGAGGCGGUGGUUGGGGCUGGGGAGGAUGUGAAGAUGGAGUUGGAGGUUGGUGGAUAUGAGACUGAUGUUGUGGUUGUGAGGGCGUAG